GUCCGGUCCGCUCAGCGACGACGAUAUUCACCCCGACUGUCUGACAUCUCAUAGCCGUGGUCGUUGUAUCAGAAUCCCAGGAUAUGCCAUCCAACGAGGCACCCAGAACCAAAGUGUCUCGCACAGCAUCGUCUGUACACGAUGUGAGCGCCGAGAAACCGCCCUUCGGAUCCCGUUUCCUCACAUCAGAGGCUGAUGUAUGGAGUCAAAAUGCCUGGGACCAUGUCCCACCUCCCGAUGACCAGGAUGGCAUCAUUAACGCCGCACUCGCGAGGCAAAAGCUCUCGCCAGUGCCAGACAACGAGAAACAGAAAUACAAUGACAAACCAGCUAAACACUGGGACAACUUUUACAAGAUGAACUCCAGUAACUUUUUCAAAAAUAGGAAUUGGUUACACUUAGAGUUCCCGGAGCUAGUCCGCGCAGCGCAAGCAGAGGCAGGAGCCAUGACCAUCGCAGAAAUAGGCUGUGGUGCCGGUAACGCCGUCUUCCCAAUAUUAUCCUCCAACCAAAAUCCACAGUUAUCGUUGCGGGCGUACGACUACUCGUCGCAUGCUGUCAAACUCGUGCAAUCAAAUCCGCUGUACACAGCACCACCCGUCGGCUCUAUCAGGGCCGCAGUAUGGGAUUUAUCAUCGUCGGAGCUACCACCAGACACUGCGCCUGAGAGCGUGGAUAUCAUCAUCCUCGUCUUCGUCCUGAGUGCGUUACAUCCGCAAGAAUGGCAGCGCGCAGUUCAGAAUAUCCACAAGAUGCUGAAGCCAGGGGGACUGGUGCUGCUUCGCGAUUAUGGUCGGUACGACCUGACGCAGCUGCGGUUCAAAGGCGGUCGUCUGCUGGAUGAAAAUUUCUACAUCCGCGGUGACAAAACACGAGUUUAUUUCUUCGAUCUUGACGAGCUGGCAUUGUUGUUCACCGGAUCUCUGGCCCCUUCAUCGUCCAAAGCAAACAACCGAGUAACCGUCGUCGAAGAGGACGAUGGAAACUCCGAUGACCCAUCUCGUCAACGAUCAACAGCUCCAGUCCUUACCGCGUCACCUGGCCCUUCGUCACCGCAACUGCUAGAACCCGAAGCCACGGCACUGGCCCAGGAAAGCAGCUCCGCGACGCCUUCCACGUCUGCGCAAAUACAUCCAUGCCUCCACCCGAUUCUCAUUUCCGAGGAUACCGUGCCGCUGUUUGCCAUCGAGCAAUUGGGCAUAGACCGCAGGCUGAUCGUCAAUCGAAAACGACAGCUGAAGAUGUACCGCGUGUGGAUACAAGCCAAGUUACGAAGAUUGCCUGGGUGAUAGGUGUCAUAGCCCAGGUAUAGGAGGUGACGGCGAGGACAUACGAGGUUGGUACAGUCAUCUUGGUAUAGGUCAUCCCGGACAGUAGUACAUGUACAACGAUAGCUCAUGAUUCAGAUCAAACUGACUCCUCCAUUUAUGCACAAUCGGUGUCAGGACCCACGUACUGCUCCGUGGCCCUGGGGAGCUUGGUUAUGAAUUCGAAGCACAAUGAAGGGAACAGUGGCAUGCGUUGUCACAUGGCACAUUUAUGUACUUCAAGCUAGGUUCAUCUGUAUAUGUAGCUGUCUAUGAUAACUGCAACGCUCUCCUGAACCAAAA